AUGGUCAUGGCGUGUGGACAGUACCAGUCCCACAUGGUCAUGGCGUGUGGACAGUACCAGUCCCACAUGGUCAUGGCGUGUGGACAGUACCAGUCCCACAUGGUCAUGGCGUGUGGACAGUACCAGUCCCACAUGGUCAUGGCGUGUGGACAGUACCAGUCCCACAUGGUCAUGGCGUCAGCCCUGGGCACCUCCCUGGGCACCUCCCUGGGCACCUCCCUGGGCACCUCCCUGGGCACCUCCCUGGGCACCUCCCUGGGCACCUCCCUGGGCACCUCCCUGGGCACCUCCCUGGGCACCUCCCUGGGCACCUCCCUGGGCACCUCCCUGGGAACCUCCCUGGGCACCUCCCUGAGCACCUCCCUGGGCACCUCCCUGAGCACCUCCCUGGGCACCUCCCUGGGCACCUCCCUGAGCACCUCCCUGGGCACCUCCCUGGGCACCUCCCUGGGCACCUCCCUGGGCACCUCCCUGAGCACCUCCCUGGGCACCUCCCUGAGCACCUCCCUGGGCACCUCCCUGAGCACCUCCCUGGGCACCUCCCUGGGCACCUCCCUGAGCACCUCCCUGAGCACCUCCCUGGGCACCUCCCUGAGCACCUCCCUGGGCACCUCCCUGAGCACCUCCCUGAGCACCUCCCUGAGCACCUCCCUGGGUACCUCCCUGGGCACCUCCCUGAGCACCUCCCUGGGCACCUCCCUGAGUAGCAUGCUCACCACCGGUGGCCCCAGCUAG